AUGUCGCGGCCGGAGUCUCAAGAAUACGAAUUCCCCCCUGGCCUGGGAGCACAGCGCCCUCGGCCAAACGAACGUGAUCAACCAGUAUCCUAUGCACCGGCGGCCCUUGGCUCAUUCGCGCACCAGGAUCGGCGCUCAUCCAGCGGCGCAGCGUCCUUUGCGGCGUUCGGAGGCGGUUUGCCUCGAUCGUACGGGAUGCAGGACCCACGGGAUUACGCCUAUGGGAUAUCGCUGCCAGAGAUCCCAGCUGGACCAAAUAGACACAAUCCGACACCCUCCCUCGCUCAUCUCACAGGCUCGUCCUCCUUCUCUACCUUCAACCAUCACAAUCACCGACCAUCCCCUCCUCCCCUCCCCGCCAACGCCCAAAGCGCCCCCGGCGCCGCGUACCCCUCCUCCAGUCCCAGCGACCGCGACACCUUGUUCUUCAGGUCGCCCCAGGCGUCUCAUCCACAGCAGCCCGCCUCUAAUUCUUCUCUGCGUUCAACCCUCUGGUGGGGAGCACUCGAGCCCUGGAUGGACGAAGAAUACGCUAAGCAGGUCUGCGGCCUCAUGAACUGGGAGCCCGUCACCAUCAAGGUCCCGCACGCCGCGGCAGACCCCACGAACAGCCAGCAGCAGGCGAACAAUCCUGGGUAUUGUUUCUUGACAUUCCCAUCGCCCGCACACGCGGCGUCCGUCCUCGCCCAGAUCAAUAAUGGCGGGAACAGCGGGAAGGGUAUGGCCGCGCCGAUGCCAAAUUCAUCGAAACCCUUCGUGAUGAAUUGGGCGUCUUCGGUAGCAACAGCAUCGCCUAUGUCUGCAGCAUUCCCCGCCUCGACCGGCGUGCAGGCUGCCGCCCCGGCUGGUCAGCAAUACCCCAAGGAGUACAGCAUCUUUGUCGGAGACCUCGCUCCAGAGACAUCCAACUCCGACCUCGUAGCCGUCUUCCGUAACCCGGUUCUUGGUCUUCGGAAUGAUAGAGAGCCCAAGUUUAUUCGCCCGUUCCUUAGCUGUAAGAGCGCGAAGAUUAUGCUGGAUCCACUUACAGGCGUCUCCAGAGGCUAUGGCUUCGUCCGUUUCACGGAUGAGGCUGAUCAACAACGUGCUCUGAUAGAGAUGCAUGGGCUAUAUUGUUUAUCGCGUCCAAUGCGCAUUUCCCCUGCAACCGCGAAGUUCAAACCGCCCGCCUCAGUUUCUCCUUUCGACAUGCCUCAAGUGCCCUUCGUACCCCCGGGUAACAACGGAGCAACAGAAGGAGGCAAUCAGGCCGUCACCAUUGCCGUUCCUCUUAAUAACGCGCCACCAAUUAAGAGCGUUUCGGCGCCUAUCGCGGCAGCGCCAUCCAACAUGUCUCUGAACAGCAAUACAGUCUCUAACUCCACCUCCGGGUCGUCACUUUCGAGCAAUUCUCUCACCUCGGGUACCGGUUCUAGUACCAGCAUCUCUACGUCGGCCUUCUCGGCGGAAGAUAUAAUGGGCGUGCCCAACAACGUCCUCGCUCAACUCGCUCAGUUCACAACGAACGAUCUGCACCCCAUCAAGAUGGCCAGCGCAAAUCCACACGCCCACGAUGACGAGCUGAGAAGAGUACUUGCCCACCAGACAGACAACCCGGCGCCGCGCUACGUCAUCUCGGAGGAGUCUUGGAAGCACCACGCUCAGGCUCGUGCCAUCCUUGGGAAUCUCAUUGGGCCGAACGGCGAGCAGCUCACAUCGACGGACCCAUACAACACGACUGUCUUCGUCGGUGGUCUAUCGCCACUGAUCUCUGAGGAUACGCUGAGAACUUUCUUUGCCCCCUUCGGCGAUAUCCAUUACGUCAAGGUCCCUGUCGGCAAACACUGCGGGUUCGUGCAAUUCGUAAGGAAGGCAGACGCAGAGAGGGCGAUCGACAAGAUGCAGGGCUUCCCGAUCGGAGGAAGUAGGAUCCGUCUGAGUUGGGGCAGGAGUCAAUAUAAAGCUGCGCAGGCUGCUGCGCAAGCCGCUCAAGCUGCCGCCAUGCAGAGUAACUAUAUGCCUGCCCCUGGAUCUAUUACGCAAGAUCAGGCGAUGCAGAUCCUUCAGAAGCUCGCUCUGCAGGGGUACCCGACAUCUGGGAGUUACGAUAGCGCUGACGUAGAAAAUGCGCUCCUCAACAACGGGUACAACGGCAGUAUGUUGCAUUCGGAGCAGAAGCCAUCUAAGGACGAAGGACCAUCCAGCAUGAACUCUUUCCCUCAGCGUCCAGAGCUGCAACGGACUCAAUCGAACUUUUCGCCCUUUUCGCCUGAUCCAAACAGCCUAUACACUUCUUCGGAGAGCGUGCGGCGCGACCAGAACUCCUCGUCGUACCCACGACUGGAUACCCUGCCCCAUCCAUCAAAGGCGUACGCGCCGGGCUUCUUUCCUCAGCAUUCGCAGGACUUGAGGAUCAACACUAGCGCGAAUGGCCCUAACACGAGCAAGGUAUCUCCUGUUGCUGCGCGGCCAUCGAGCGCGUCCCGUUACGGGUUCGCCGAAAGUUCUGACCCCCCUGCUCGUGCUAUGGGACGCUCUGAGGCCCCUAUCUCGCGCCCGUCGUCGGGACAGAUGUCGGCACCGGUGGACAAUCAUGAAUCAGACGUCAUCCAAGACCUCAACGGCACUCUCGCCAGCCUCGACCUGGAUCGCCCUUGGAAGUCGCCCGAGGUUGGGAAGAACAGCGGUUGA